CCCUGACAUGGCAUUCGCCAUCAGUGAAAGCGUCUUCAACUGGUUGACAUCCACGAACUUUACGCCAAUCACACUGAAGGAUUUGAAUGUGAGUGUCCCAGAUGAUACCGUUCUUUCUUAUGUUGAAAGUGCUCUGAAAAAUCUCUCCACGGAGCAAAGGACAACUUUCACGGUGAUAGUUAUUACGGUGUUGGUAUUGGCGAUUUUCGGCAACAUAAUAACGAUUAUUACAAAUAUUAAAAGGGAACAACGUCACCUGUUUCGAGCUUGUUUACUUUCGCUGGCCUUGAGUGAUAUUUUGUUUGUAACAAUAACCUCUGUUAUAUACAUAUCUCAGUUUAAUAACGAGUACAAUUCUAUAUGGACUCUCGGAGAACUGACAUGUUCAUUUGCGCCCUAUAUCCAAACGCUGGCAAUUUUGGUAAAUAGUGUAACCCUGGUGGCAAUCGCAUUGGAUCGUUACAUGGCCGUGGUGCAGCUUACCAAAGGAAGCUAUGAGCCGAGCAGAGUUUUUUGCAUAACCUGUGCGGUCCUGAUCUGGGGUCUUUCUGCCGGUGUAUCCAGUCCCAUGUUGACGCUGUACCAAAUCUAUGACAUAAUAGUUCUGAUUAUGGACCCAGAAAACCCAGAAAUCAUCACGGGAACCUUCAUGGCCAAAAUAUGCGCGACCGAUAAAAGCAAGAACGGGUACUACUUUGGUAUAAUCUUCACCGUAAUCUUCCUGCCGCUUGUGUUGUCAUUCAUCUGGCUAAACUCAAUUAUCGCCAAGGAAAUCUGGGUUCGCCGUCACCCGGUCGAUCGGCACGCAAAACCAAAGAAAGGAGCAUCAAUGGAAUCAUCUAGCGAUCGUAAAACUACGACAACCAACACCAGUUCACCGAACGCAAUGGAUCGACCAAUCACCACUUUAUCACAGGCUAUUUUCUCUACCCCUAAAUGCACCUGUUCUAACUGUGUCGACCUUCACGUACCACCAAAAUUUCCUGCACCUCCACCACCUCUGGUCAAACCAACAAACGCCAAAAGCACUAGAACCAAUAUCAACAGCAGUCCGGCAUCGCUAUCUCGCAAACAACGUCAGCUGCGCAUGUUCAAAGCCAUCGUGUUUAUCAUGGCAGUUUUCCUGGUUUGUCGAUUGCCACACUGGAUCUUCCUUUUGAUAAAGAUGCACGGACUUGCCGCCACAAAUGUCUACUGGUUGCUGCAUUACUCCUUCGGAAUUAUAGCUAUGAUCAAUUGCGUGCUUAAUCCGCUGAUCUACACAUUUCUAAUCGAGACGAUCAAGUUCACUGUAUUUUUGAAAACGAUUUGCCGUCGCCUCUGGGUAGAACCUUGUCGAAAGUUGAACAAUGUGCAGUAUGGUAAACCGAAGGGGAAAAAGAACAGCUGUACUGUCAGUACGAAACGGACGCAUCGGGAUGGGAUUUUCUUCGGUGAUUGAUCUCUGCCAGACAUAG